AUGCAUAUUGCUUUGAACGAGUUUCUCUCUGGUCGUAGGACGGCAUUGGGUUGCAUCCUGAGUGUUAGCGAGGUCUCCAACGGAUGGAUGAACGUCAGAGUUGACCAGCGUCUGUCCAUGGUAGCACGCCUCUUUGCACAAACUGCAGAAGCAGUAACCAGGCUCUUUCGGAAUGAGGGUCAAAUUGCUACCUUGCUGGAACAGAUGCUAAAGUGGUGCCCUCGUGAAACUGCCUGGUUCAGUGGGGAAAAUUUGUUCGAGUACCUGCCAGAAAAUAUCGCCUACUACCACCUAACGCAAGCUCCGGCACAAGCACAUCAGCUGAAAUCACCGACUUCUGGUCAAUCAAAGGAGAAAAAUUUCGACACCCAGUCCAGUGGUAUUUAUGCCCAACCACUAUCCAUAGAAGAUAUGAAGGAUCCAUUUAAAGAGUGGUGGAAAUCAACGGUGAGCUUCAGCCAACAGCAACUCUCUACGGUCCUCUCUUCGCACCUCGCCGAUAUCACAGACCUCGUAGAUACUCGGCACACUUUGCUCUCCAUUCUUUCUACCUCUAGUCUUGAGAACAAUGUUGGUUCUGCUCCUCACCCUUUGGGGCAUUGUGCUGAUCUCUGGAUUGAUCUCUUCCGAACUCCCUUUGUUAAUCAUCUUGAGUCCCUACUGAACUCCACUCUCAAUGGGAUAUUCACAGAUUUCGAGUCGGAUUUGCUUUCUCUGGCCAGAUCACUUGAUCAGAUGGAUGACAAAUCUAGCCAAAUUUCAUCAGAUGAAGUGAUGACGCCUUUUGACGCAGAACAAAUGUCACCGGAUUUGGAUUUGGCAUCGUUUGUGUGGUCACAGAGUUUCGACUCCAUCGGACUGUCGAACCUCUGCCGCAAAGAUCAGGUUCAAUCUUUGUCAUCACUGAACGACUCCGUUGAUCAAUUGGAUAUAUCUCCAAAGGACUUGGUGAUGGCCUACUUUGCCUGUCUUGUGGGUCGGAGGGAUCUCCUCCCAAACUCAUCGACCACUCCGAAAGCUACCAACCAGCUCCCAGGUCCCCUACGAUGGCGGCUGAGCCGUCUAUUGGAAAGUACUGCUGCCAUCUAC